UUCUAGCUAACUAGGUCGGCAUAUUCCGAGGAUGUGACAUAUAUCUCGGUGUGAUGUUUACACUUUGUUACAGUUCUUUGUCUCUGGGAGCAUAAUAAAUCAUGAUGUCUGGGGCAUAGAUACAUAUAUUUUUGUAUAAAGAAACAUUGCCAUCAUACAAUUUUUGGAUCAAGAAUUUUCGGAUCAACAUUUUCAGAACUUUAUUUGUUAUUUCUUGUUUUUUUCAGCACUCGGAAUAGCCGAGGCGGCUCAUACGAAAACUCCAGGAUAAAGUAUCCAGUAGGUCUACAGAGCAGCAGCCAUGGUGUUGAUCCUGGGCAGACGGCUGAACAGGGAGGACUCUGGAACCCGGGACUCCCCCGCCGUCAAACGAAAGGUGUUCGAGGUGGACUCCAAGACGCUGACUGGUAAUGAAGUGCUGGACUUCUCCUCUGGCUCCUCCCACUCAGAGGCCAUUUUGCAGGUGUUCAAUGAGUUCCGCGACAGCCGCCUCUUCACCGACGUGGUCAUCAGCGUGCAGGGCCGCGAGUUCCCCUGCCACCGCGCUGUGCUCUCUGCCUGCUCCUCCUACUUCCGCGCUAUGUUCUGCAACGACCACCGUGAGUCACGCGAGAUGCUGGUGGAGAUCAAUGGCAUCCUGGCCGAGGCCAUGGACUCCUUCCUCAGCUACGUCUACACGGGCCGCGCCAAGAUCACAACCGACAACGUGCAGUUCCUAUUCGAGACCUCCAGUCUCUUCCAGAUCUCUACGCUGCGUGAAGCCUGCGCCAAGUUCCUAGAAGACCAACUAGACCCUUGCAACUGCUUGGGCAUCCAGCGCUUCGCAGAUGCCCACUCUCUGAAACAGCUAGCCAGCCGCUGCCGCUCGUACGCCCUGGCCAACUUCCCUGAUGUGGCCCAACACGAGGAGUUCCUGGACCUGAGGAGGGACGAGCUGGAGGAGUACAUCUGCAGUGACGAACUGGCCAUCGGGAAGGAGGAGCUGGUGUUUGAGGCAGUGAUGCGCUGGGUGUACCACAGUGUGGAGCCCCGGAGGCCCGUGCUUAAAGAACUGUUGCACCACGUCCGGCUGCCCCUGCUGCACCCCAACUACUUUGUCCAGACAGUGGAAGGAGAUCAGAUCAUCCAGACCGCUCCAGAGUGCUACCAGCUCCUCCACGAGGCCCGGCGGUACCACGUACUGGGCAACGAGAUGAUGUCACCCAGAACCCGCCCACGCAGGUCCACGGGCUUCUCAGAGGUGAUCGUGGUGGUGGGGGGCUGUGAGAGGGUGGGGGGGUUCAACCUGCCUUACACAGAGUGUUACGACCCUGUGACAGGAGAGUGGAAGUCCCUGGCCAAGCUCCCAGAGUUCACCAAGUCAGAGUACGCCGUCUGUGCUCUCCGCAACGACAUCCUGGUCUCAGGGGGUCGUAUCAACGGCAGAGACGUGUGGAUGUACAACUCUCAGCUCAACCUAUGGAUCAGAGUUGCUUCACUCAACAAAGGACGCUGGAGACACAAGAUGGUGGUCCUACUGGGGAAGGUCUAUGCAGUGGGAGGGUAUGACGGUCAGAGUCGUCUGAGCAGUGUGGAGUGCUAUGACUCCUUCUCUAACCGCUGGACAGAGGUGGCUCCCAUGAAGGAGGCAGUCAGUUCUCCGGCCGUGUCCAGCUGUGCUGGGAAGCUCUUUGUCAUCGGGGGAGGGCCCGAUGACAACACUUGCUCUGAUAAGGUCCAGUGCUAUGAUCCAGAGGCAGACACCUGGGCGCUAAGGGCAAGCAUCCCCAUCGCUAAGCGCUGCAUCACGGCGGUCUCCCUGAACAACCUGAUCUACGUGUCAGGUGGUCUAACCAAGUCUAUCUUCUGCUACGACCCUGCAGAGGACUACUGGAUGCACGUGGUGCACACCUUCAGCAAACAGGAGAGCUGUGGAAUGUCGGUGUGUAAUGGGAAGAUCUUCAUCCUGGGUGGGCGGGGUGAGAACGGCGAGGCCUCUGACACCAUUCUGUGUUACGACCCGGCAACGGGCAUCAUCACCGGCGUGGCGGCCAUGCCUCGCCCCAUCUCCUACCACGGCUGUGUCACCAUCCAUCGUUACAACGAGAAGUUCCACCACCGGCCCUGACCACACAAACAUACAAACUCACAGGCUUGUACAUAAACAUGCUUUAAAAGACAUUCACUCACACAAAAGUAUUCUUAAGACACGCGCUCUCUAAAAAGGGUGCAAAUAGACAUGCACACACUCUCAACACUUUUUUUCGUCUCAAGAAGCAACUCAUUUAGAAAUUCAGACCACAGCCCCAGUUUCAGUUUCACUUGUUUCCUUAUUGUCCCGUGAAGCAACACUCUGUUGCUGGUAUUGUGGUAUUCCUGCUAUGCUACUCCAGAUCCAUCUAUGCCUGCCAGUUGACUUUGUUAAGGUGGUUGUUCAAUGGAAAACCAAACCACAGACUGGCUGGUAUGCCUCCAGACACCACUAUGUCUGCGUUUAGAUAGAGCCUUCAUGGAGCCAGUGGCAGGAUCAGAUCAGAGCAGGCAGACAUGCGCUAGGGUUGUGGUGGUCAUGAAAUUUUGUCAGCUUUUGAUUUUCAAGCAAAUAACUGCCGGUGUAACGGUAAUUAACCGGUAAUUAACAUAAACACCUUUCACAUCUCCUGGCUUCCACUCAUAGCCUACAAGCCACAUAUACAAAAGUGACCGCAUAUACAUUUUCAUUUAAUCCAUUUAAUAUGGCCUACCCCAUCACAAUAAAUCCAUAAUUUAUUUUAGACUGGUCUAAAGAAACACGAUAUGAAGAAAAUGUAGUCUGUAUUUCAGAAGAACAGAAAAGCAUACUCUGAGUUGUCCUUAUGUUAGGUCCUGAUCUGACUAUGCCAUAUGGCUGUGGGUUACACUAGUUCAUUUAGCUGACAAGAUUUGCUUAUUUUAGAGUAUGAAGAAUACAAUAGCUAUAUAAAUUAGAAAGAAUAUUUUCUCCAAAAAAUUUCCGAGGGAGUGCACUUAACAAAGAAACAGGUCCUCCUAUACUGCUUAAUUUAGAAUUAUAUAUGCAACUUUAGUUGUGAUUCUAAUGUUUGGCUAUAUGUUUUGAUCUUUAAUACGUUCUAAGGCUGCAUGAUGCGACUCUAAUGAUUAUUUUUUUAAAGUCGCAUGAAAGUCAUUAGUUCUGCUUUGUUUCUUGAGCAGGCUGCACACACUUCAUCAUUUUCUCAUUCACAAUUUGACAAGCACUUGAUAAUAUUCUCACCAGGCCUCGAAUUUCCUGCUGCAUCCCCCUGGUGUGGCCGUAAUGUCCCCUGAAAAAAUCCAUGCCUUGCGGCCAUUGUGCCCUUGGGCUGAAUAUAAUAUAAUAAUUAUAAUUCCCUUCUCCCGCCUUCCAAUUGGCAUGCUCCAAAGCACCUCUCACUCACAUGGUUCUGUCAAAUAUCUCAAUUCUUAUUAGCCAAUGCCCGUCACGUGAUCGGGUCUUUCUCACUGGCAUCUCAGCUCCGAAGUAGGCUGCAAGUGAAGACAGACAGAUCAGGGACGCAACUGCGCGCAUCUUUAUCGAAUUCCGAUGCGCAUAUUGUCAAUGUUAGAAGAAUUGUCCACAUUUUCUUUUCGUCAGCCAACAAGAUGUGUAGGCCUAACAAACAGCAAAAGCACUACCCUAUUUCAAUCUACUAUCCCCCAUAGUACAAACGUUUACAUAUUCAAUGGUCAACUUGUCCUUCUGUGCCAGAAAUAAAUAUUCCAAACAUACUCUGGGACAGUUGUGGGAUGCGAUAGAUCCAAAAUUAAUAUAACCAUUCCCAUCAAAAAAAUGUCAAAGCAAUGAGGCUGAUGCAACAGAUCAGAAUGUUUAGCUUAAAAUCUAGAUAAACAAUAAGGCUAUUUCUUCACAUUAUAAGCACAGCAAUGCGCACACGACAGUAGGCUAUAAGUACGAAUGUUCCGACAUGCAAUCAAUUAGCGGGAAACCACCAUUCUCAAAAGUGACCGCAAAUGUGAUUAUGCAUGUAAUGCUUUAUUAUCUUCCCCAAACUUGGAACUCACAAGCCGCCUAUGUAUGCCAGUUAGUCUCUACACCGGUUGUAAAGGGGAUUAAUGUGCUUAAUUCUAACAAGUUAUUUGACCACUUGAGUUGUAAUACUAACCUUAUCAAAACAUAUAGGCCUAUGGGCUAGGCUACAUUAGGUGUGCGACUAUGAUUUGAAAAAGUCACAAAAAAAAGGCAUGCACUGUUUCUUGUCUUACUGGGCACACUGAGCAUCAUUCACAAGUGAUAAUGCAUCAUUCACAAGUGAUAAUAUUGUUAUCAGACUAUUCUUAAUUUUAUCUUGUCUUUACUGUACAUAUACUAAAUAAUAUAUGUGUGAAAUUAGUUUUGAUUUUGAAUUAACCAUUAUCAUGCACUUGUCUCAGAACAGGGGCAGGGGAAAAAAUGUGUCAUCUAUGCACUUAAAUAGCGAAUGGAGGACUCUUUUCCUGUGGUUAAUUUUCAUGCCAGCCAGGUAGGCUAUUCACCUGUUGUAAAGAAAGCAAUGUGCUUAAUAUUAGGAAAGUUGAGAAAUAAAUAUAUUAAGCCUAGUCUAUAGAAAGCUGAUGGGAGCCUCCUCUUUUUAGUAGAGACCAUCACUCUGUUUUCUCACGCAAUUGCAUAGCCUAUAGAAAUGUUGCGCAAUAUGAGCUCAUGGGCUCUCAUGAAGUGUUUGAUUUGAUUUUCCGAUUACAUUUGCAUUGAUGUCAGAGUGAUUAGAGGGACGAUAGAGUGCUGAGUACCAGGCAGUUAGCAAGUUUGGUAGGCUACUAAUGACCAUCAGUAGCAUCAGAGGGCAGAUUUGGAGAAGCCUAAUUACCAUGACUAAACAGUCACGUGGAAUUUGACUGCGGUCAUGACUUGUGAACGGCGGUACAGCAGUAAUACGGUCACUGUAACAGCCCUAGACAUGCCUAGCAUCAGUGUGUAGGCCACAUGCAUUCUUGUGCCAGUCGCAGCUCCUCAUCUCCUUUUCCUAAGAACCAGAGAUAGUCUCUAUCUGUCCAUAAAGAGCACAAUCUUUGAUGGACAGAUAGGGAGUCGUGAUAGUGGAUGAAACAAAGUGUUGCUUUUAGAGAUUAUCUCCAUAAUCUUCAGGUGUUCAGGUGCACAAGUACUGACAGAUAGUGAAUUGUGAUAGUGAACAGGAAAGCUUUGAUUCGGACUUCAUAGGAAUCGGGCACUGAUUGACAAGGAGUUGUACAGUAAUUCUUAGAACCCAGUUUUAAAAGGCAAUAUGCAUUCCAACAAUCUUAAAAUUGCCUCCUCUUUCUUCGUAACCACUUGAUAGCAUCAUGGAAAUUGGAACAGUAUCAUGGAUGUAUCAAGCACCUGGAAGCCAGAGGGUAGGAAUGUGGUUCCAUGACUUCAAUUUUAUAUGUCGUUAAGCAGUGAUUGUGUGGUAUAAAACAAAACAAGCUGGUCUAUGCUUAUCCAAAAACAGAGGCCAUGUCCAAAUAGAACAAAAUGUCUUCUUUUCAUUGUCUUCUUUUGUCUCAUUGCCACUAAUUUCAAAUUACAUUCAUUUUAGGAAGCUACCUCCUGCUGUGGUCUGAACUCUGAUUCUGCUUACUCCUAUUUCCUUUUCCUGUUAGAGGUUCCCUUACUUACUCUUUCCAUAUCAUCUCUUUCCUCUUCUCAUAUCCUACCUCUUAUCACUGACACUGUCAUCAUAAUUCCCUUUAAUCUUUGGUAUACACACACACACACACACACACACACACACAGAUUUUUUUGUUGUUGUUCAAUUUAUUAAAUUAUAUUUGUAUUUUUUACCGUUGGAUAUUUGUACUGAUGUUAUACCUUGUGCUUGGUGGUGUGCUUGUUGCUACAUAGAGUUUAGAUAGUUGAUUUGGAUGUGUGGGUGAUUUAGUCAAUAUCAGCAGGGCCGUUUUCUAGCAUUUUGGGGGCCCAAAGCGAGAUUUGGUUUGCAGAGAGAAAAUGUUGCAUUAUUAAAGCUAAUUUCAUGCAGUUCUACACAUUUUGCCAUGGGAUGGAGAGAAUUCUUUAUUUCAUUUUUGGGUUGGGGACCCAAUAGCGGCCGCUUAUGUCGCUUGUGCCUAGAAACGGCACUCGAUAUCAGUUGCCUUAGUAGAUGAAAUCUCAAAGACUGUUAUAAGUGAGUGGUAUAUUGGGUGAUUUUACUAUAUGUAAACCAGUUGUAGCUUUAUAUCAUAAUAAUCUGUUUACUAUUGUGCUGCUUACCCAGUGGCCUUGCCUCAUAUAUGCAAAUUCUAUAGAACUCUAUGCCAUACAUAGACAAUGGCACCUCUCACCUGUAUACUCAUACAAUGUAUAGCUCAUUGUAGCUCGGGGUAACCAUAGAAACCUCCAGGUGUGUGUGUUCCGUUAGCUCUACCGAGCUGACACCUGUGUAUUAACUCACAGGAUGUGAUUGAUUGGCAGGUGUGAUGGUGGACAUUUUAAGUCUUGAUUCUGGUCAGUAAAAGUCGCCUUUUACUUUUGGUGUCGUUCGAAUAAGAGAUUAAUUGCUGUGAAUUGAUGUAUUGCUGUUAUAUGGUGACGUUGAGGCCUUCUCUUUACCACAUUUUUAUUUAAAUGUUCUGUCAUCCUUGUUUGCAUAUGGUUUGUGUCUUUUUGGUGUUUUAUUUUGUAUCCGAGAGCCCCAAUUGUGCGCUUUUACUAUUAUAUCACAAUGUAAAUAGGAUUUUUUAUUUCCUUUUAUUACUGUAUCAGUAAAUGCUAUUUGCUUUCAUGUGGCGUAUGUGAGUGGAGUGAAUGGAGCCUGUCAGCUCCUCAUACUGGUCUGCCUGCUAUUGCUGUGAUCCCCCACAAAUAGCACAACUAUAAUAUGUGAGAUCAAGAUCAACACAGGGAGAGAAAAAGAGGGGGGUAGAGGAACAUGCACACCGUUAUUGGGUAAAGGAUAAGGAACGGUUUUGUUACUCAAUUAUGUUUUUACUAAAUAAAUCAAAGUUAAAGAAAAUGUGAGGCAUGUUAGCUUAAUCUGCAUUCCAGUGUUUUGUGUCAUAGUUGAGCGAGAGAGACUUGUUGUUUCUUGUUGUUUCUUAUUGAAUGCUGGGAUUGUGUGUGUUGUUGAUGUGUGAUGCUUGUUUUUGACAGUCUUCCACAGGUAAGUCGUCUGCUCUUUUUUGGAUGACUCUCAAGGGGAGAAGUGAUUGAUGGAUGUAAAUGCAGAGUUAGGCAUUUGGCUCAGAUCAAAUCCCUGAGGUAAAUGUUUUGAACCUGCUUUUAUGGGAACCCUGGAUUUGAACUAUGGAUUUGAUGAAUUUGUAUAGCCUACAGUACUUGUGUACAAGAUGAGGGCUAGUUCCACCUAGAGAAUGCAAUCCUUUGUGCCUGGAAUAAGACAAUAUUGGAUUAAAAUCUGUCAUUCUGAUAUUAAGGAAACAGAACAUUAAAGUAUGUAUGAUGUGAUGUUCUAAUCUCUCUUUCACCUUGGUUCUUCUGUUUCUUCUGAAAAUUAGCGUGGACUGUCUGAGCUAUAGUAUGUCGGAAUGAAAUUGCUGACUUGUGUAAAUGAAGCAUCAAUAAAGUUAUUCUCUAUACUGAA